UUUGAAUUAUUUAAAUUUGUAUUGCCAAAAAUUACAAAUUUAUUUUUCAUGUGUAACCAACCGAACUUUGCUCGUUGGACAGUUAAAUACAGUGAUAAUUUGCAAAAGGUUGCCCAAAGUCAUCCUGACUUGUUUGAACAGUUUCAAAAUGGUUUUUUUAGCAUCCAAAGAACUAAUAAAUCUUUCUCAAAACAACCGAUUGAUUUAGUUCUAGAACAAACGAUAAAUGCAGAUGCAGCAAGGAGACUUACAGGAAUAAUACAAUUUACCAAUUCCAUCUCAGCACGUCAACGAUGGGCCCUCAGUCAUGACAUAAGAUCAACUGUAAUUAGUAGUGUAUAUAAAAAUUUAAAUUUGCAAAAAGAACAAGAUGUGACAGCAGAAUUAUCAAAUCAUAAUAUGAAAAAUAAUAGCAAGCAAUUGAAACAAUUUAUAAAUACAUUUGACCAAUUUAUUAAUCCGUUUAGUGCUGAAAUACCACAAGAUCUUUUACUUAAUAUUUCGUCUGGAAAAGCGGCCUCAGAGAAAGUAGAAAAAUUUCUUCUUAACAUUGAAAAAGAUGGUGACAUAAGACGUCAAACAUUCAUUACAGAAUGUAAAGAAGAUGGAAAUAGAUUUGAAAAGAGCAUAAAAAAAGUACCACUAGAAAACUUUUCUGUAGAUUAUGUAAAGAAAACAAAAACGAAGGUAGGUGGAAAGGUGCAGGAAGUACGUAUUCAGAGAGAUCUGUUUGGGCGAAUGCUUGGUAUAUCUAUUGAUCAUAAAGUAGAUAUGUCCAAAAUCUUAUCAUACCCCAUAACUCCAGUACCAUUAUCCAUGUGUCAUUUCGAGGGUGGCAUUUGUAAGACUCAAAAAUCCGCAUUGAUGAAAUCUUUGGAAAAAGGCGUACAACACGAUCCACCUUCUCAUGUUGAUGUUCUGGUAAUUGAUGGUUUUUUUAUGCUUCAUACGAUGAAAAAUGUCCCUAAAACUUUUGGGAGUAUCUCAAAAAAAAUGUUACAAAUGAUGACCCAAAUCAAAGCAACGAGAUAUGAUGUCAUCUUUGACCAGUAUUUUUCCCCUUCCAUAAAAGAUUAUGAAAGAUCUCGUCGACAUGAAUCAUCACAAUUAGAAUUCAACAUUACUGGACCAGAUCAAGUUCGUCCAUCAGAUUUCACGAAAGAGUUAAAAAACAUCCAUUUCAAACAGUCUCUUGUUGAAUUUUUUACAACACACUGGGCUACUGAUGAGAUGAUUCCAUUCAUUGAUAAUAAUCAAAUUUUUAUUAAUUUUCGACAAUGCCACUCUUUCACUGUAAUUAACAAUAAAGUUAUGUCUGAAAUCCAUGAAGAUUUAUCGUGUUCCGAGCAUGAAGAAGCCGAUACAAAGAUCGUAUACCAUGUUUGCAACAUCGAUGCUCAGGCUAAUUUUGUAAUACGAUGUUCAGAUACUGAUAUAGCAGCGAUAAUGCUGGGAAAUAUGCAUCAUUUGAAAAAUAAUGAUUCUCGAGUUUGGAUUUUGACCGGCACUGGUAACAAGCAGAGAUAUGUUGACUUAAAUGCUAUCUACGAACAAUUAGGACCGUCGUUGUGUCGAAGUUUACCAGCAUUCCAUGCUAUGACAGGAUGUGAUUUUAAUCCAGCAUUAUUUAAAAAGGGCAAGCAAAAGCCGUUUAAUAUUUUGAAGAAAAAUGAAGAGUACCAACAAGCAUUUCACCGUUUUGGUACGUUGGAUUUUGUUGGUGAUGUAGAUGAAGAAGAACGUGUAUUCAACAUAAUACAAAAAUUUAUCUGUGAUGUUUACAACGUUCCUGGAAUAAUUGAUGUAGAUGCUGCCAGACUACAGUUGUUUAUUAAUACAUACAUGGUAUCUGAUAUAAAUGAAGAAUUCAAUCGAAAGAAUUUAAGAAACUUCGAUGCCAGUAACUUACCACCUUGUAAAAGUGAGCUUUGGCAACAGUUUCGACGGGCUAGCUAUAUCGCUAGUCUUUGGAACAAUGCAAGUAUGAAGAUGAUAAAUAUUUUCAGCCCCGAAAACAAUGGCUGGACACUACAAGAUGGUAAAUAUGAUUUUCAUUGGUUCGAUGGAGAUCAAUUACCGGGUUUUGUCAGUGAGUCGCUGGAAGAACAAUCAGGUAAAUUAUUUUCGUUUCUCAUAUUAUUUGUAUCUCUUUACUUUUUUUAGACCUUCAUUGUUCACCUUGUUUUUUACAGAGGAAGAAAAUAAGGAUAAUGCUGAUGAUGACGAUCACGAUUUAGAUAUUCAAUUUCAAGAUUGGCUAGAUGAUGAAUUAUCUAAUUUCAACGAUGAUGAUAAUGAAGAUUAAAAGCCACUGUUAAGAAAUAUUAAAGGA